AUGAUGCUAACAAUAUAUUAUGCAUCAAUUGCUCGUUCAAACUUCUCAUUAACUUCAAAUCGAAGCUUGUCACCGGAAGAAAUCGAUGCCAAAGUUAAAUGUCUUAAGGAUAAUAUUGCAAUUAAUGCAAGUACAUCAUUUAUAAUGUCAGCACUACUGCAUCAAAGUAAUGAUAUUGUGGUUGGUGCUUGGUUUAAAAUGGGAGUUGGCGGUAACUAUAUAAAUGAUUCGAAUGUUAAUGGAAUACUUAACACAAACUUUUCAGCUGCAGCAAUUUUUCGAGCGAGUUCGUUGAUUAAUGUUACAUAUCUCAACUUAUUGUUGAUUGAUGAUCCCAAGGAUUAUCGUCAAUUAAAUGAUUCACGCAAUGGUACAGUUGUAUCAUCAGUAAUUGUAGCUAAUCUAUGGUACAAAAAUAAUGAAUCCGAACGAACAAACAGGUCAUUAUAUUUUAAGAAAAAUAAUCAUAGUGUAGAAAAUACUUCGAAUAAUAACUUUGUUUGUGUAUAUUACGAUACAAAUACAUCAUCAUGGGAUGAAACAGGUUGUACUAAACCACAUUAUAAUACAACUUUCGAUCGAUAUGAAUGUAGUUGCAAUCAUUCAAGUUCAUUUGCUCUUCUCUGGUUGCCUCCACGUAGUCGUGAUUCUGGAUUUUUAGCUGAAGAUAUUGCUUCUCUUGUAUUUCAAUCGAUUUCCAUCGUCUGUUUUUUAGCUUUAAUCAUUUUUGAUAUUGUCACUCGUGUCAAAUAUCCAAACGUAAAACUUAAACCAAUCGAUUUACUUCCAUUAGUGUCAAAUGCAAGUACUGUUCUUCUUUUUAUUUUCUAUAUUGCACUUGCUUUAACUGUUCAUACAAUAACACAACCGUCUAAGGAAGACAAAUGUUUUACUAGUGCUACAAUCUUAAUGUUUAUUGUCUAUUUCUUUUUAAUGCUCAUGUUCUGCACAAAAACAAGUAUUGGUUAUUUCAAUUAUAUUCAGUUUGUUCGUCUAUUUCCACCACCAUCAUUUAAAAAUCUUUAUAUUUUAUUAAUUGGUUCAUUGAUAUUUUCGAUUAUAGCUGUUCUUUUUGUUAUUGGUUUUAAUUCAAAUCCUUCAUUUCAUAUUAUUUAUUUACACGCAAAUCUAAUUUGUUGGUUUAAACGAUCUGCUAUCCAUUAUUUUCUGACAAUACCUGUUUGUAUUUUUCUUCUAUUUAAUUUAAUUAUACUUGUUCUCAUUGUUAAACGUAUGGUUUAUCAUGUACGAAAUACCACUACACGGCAUCCAUCUUAUUCACGAAUGAAAAAAUGUGUUUUAAUAUUAAUUCAUUCGAGUCUAAGUCAAGGGAUUGGUUGGCUAACUGGUCCGUUAAUACUUGUUUCGGGUAAUACAGCAGGUCAUAUUUUAUCAUGGAUUUUUAUUAUUUGUAAUGGACUUGAAGAAUUAGAAGCUUAA